CUCUUACCACACAAUGGUUUGGGAUCUUUGUGUCUUCUUUACCUCAAACCUUACAUAGUUUACAUGACCAAACCUUCAUCAUCUCUUGACCUUAAAGCAUUGCUCUCUCUCAAGCUUACAUUGAGCAACAUGUUCAAUCUGAUCAAGAUAUGGCUCUCAGUUGCCAUUUCCUUAUGCUACUGUUAUUGGAUCCGCAAAUUUAUCCCUGCAGGAACAAUAAGGCUUCUCUCUUUUCUUCCCAUCAUCUGUUUCUACCUCUUCAUUCCUCUCAGUUUUUCCUCUGUACAUUUGUCAGGCAACAUCGGAUUCUUCUUUGCCUGGCUUGCAAAUUUCAAGCUCAUACUCUUUGCUUUCAAUAAGGGUCCUUUGUCCUCAGAUCCAUCAAUCUCUCUAGGACGUUUUGUAGCCCUUACAUGCCUCCCCAUCAAGAUCCAACAAAACCCACCUCCAAAACAAUCACAUAGCUCCAAAACAAAACAGAGCAAAUCACACGAGUCCAAAAGUCCCGAUUUUGAAACCGACCCAUCUUCAGUAAUGCCAAAUACUACUAGCAGCCAAAUCAAACAAAACCCAUCUUCCAUCAACCGAUUUUUACAGUAUGCCAUAAAGGGUCUUCUUGUGGCGGUUUUGGUGAAAAUCUAUGACUACAGUGACUAUAUUCACCCAAAACUCAUCAUGGGCAUGUACUGCUUCCACAUCUACUUUCUGAUGGAAAUCAUCUUAGCCACUGUGGCAGCACUUGCCAGAUCAACACUGGGGUUGGAGCUUGAGCCACAGUUCAAUGAUCCAAUCCUAUCAACCUCACUCCAAGACUUCUGGGGCAGGAGGUGGAAUCUCAUGGUCACCAGCAUCCUGCGACCUACAGUGUAUGAGCCAACAUUAAAAGCUGCCAGGAAUGUGGUCGGUUCCACGUGGGCUCCGCUACCAGCAGUGAUGGCAACUUUUGUUGUGUCUGGUUUGAUGCAUGAGCUGAUACUGUUCUAUAUGGGGAGGAUGGCACCUACGUUCAGGAUGUCAUGCUUCUUUGUCCUCCAUGGACUGUGCUUGACGCUGGAGAUUGUGUUGAAGAAGGCCCUCAAUGCCAGGUGGCGGCUGCCGAGGUUUGUAUCGGGGCCGUUGACCGCAGGGUUUGUUUUCACCACCUGCUUUUGGCUGUUCCUGCCGGAGUUCAUCCGGUGCCAGAUUGAUGUUAAGGCGUUUGAAGAAUACUAUGCUUUAGGCGCGUUUGUCAACAACCUCAGUUCUGCAUUAUGAGGCUUUUCCCCUUUUUUUAAUAGAUAGAACCAUUGUGACUUUGCAUUUUAAUAACAGAAGAUGUUAUUGUCUUUUUCAAUACAUGAUCCACGAUGUAUAAAUAUGGUUUUUUAUUGAAUAAAUUAAUAAUGUUGCAUUUCAUGCUUGAUA